AUGGCGCUGCAACAUAAUCAUGUUGUAUACAUAAAAUGGUGUUUUGCUAAUAUUUCAGAUAUAAUAAAGGAGCAAAAUCGAGAGUUAAGAGGUACACAGAGGACUAUAACCAGAGAUAGAGCAGCACUCGAAAAACAGGAAAAACAACUGGAACUGGAAAUAAAGAAAAUGGCUAAGACUGGUAACAAAGAAGCCUGCAAAGUUCUAGCAAAACAGCUUGUACAGCUGCGGAAGCAGAAGAACCGAACCUACGCUGUUAGCUCUAAAGUCACCUCUAUGUCAACUCAAACUAAGGUCAUGAACUCUCAGAUGAAGAUGGCAGGAGCUAUGUCAACUACAGCAAAAACAAUGCAAGCAGUUAAUAAGAAAAUGGAUCCACAAAAGACACUACAAACUAUGCAGAAUUUCCAGAAGGAAAACAUGAAGAUGGAAAUGACGGAAGAAAUGAUUAACGAUACUCUGGAUGAUAUUUUUGAUGCUUCUGAUGAAGAGGAAGAAAGCCAAGAUAUCGUUAACCAAGUGCUUGAUGAGAUAGGAAUUGAAAUCUCUGGAAAGAUGGCCAAAGCCCCCUCAGCUGCCAGGGGCUUACCAUCUGCGUCAACAUCAAAAGCUGCCACCAUAUCAGAUGAAGAGAUUGAACGACAGCUCAAGGCUUUGGGAGUUGAUUAGCUUGAUGGCAAUACACAGCCUGUCUUCUCAUUAUUUAUCAGCAGACAGAUGUAAAAAGUGCAAAUACUCUUUCAAUGCAACUGAUGCCUAGGAAAACCCUGAAGCUUCAGAAAUGCCAAGUGGAAGUUGGUACUGGGGGAAGGAGAAGGGGAGAAUGUUUUAAACCAACUUACAGGAAGAGGUAUGCUUGGUGUGUCCAUUGCAUGGAGUCGUCUUUGAGCACUGGACCAACCAGGGAUGUAGUUCUAAUGAU